CUACCGACAUUUAUCGGUUAGAGCUAUUCUGUACAGCUCCUCACCGACGCGCGUCGUUAAAAAUGAACGACAAGUAUCGGUCAUAAACGAUAAUCCUACCGAGGGGUCCCUUGGCCAUCGGUAGCGCUUGACCGACGCACACGGACGAGAUUAUCGUCGGUUUAUGUGAUUAUGUUAGUGAAUUCGCGAUUUGAGGUAGUGAUACUGCACAUUGCGAUUUCACAUAUUUAUAAAAUUUUUGUUUAGUUUAUUACGUUUCUGUUGGUAUAAAAUAUAAUAGUGUGUGUGUGCUGUAAAUUGUAACCCAAAAAUGUGCAAUAUGGCUGAAUACCUCAUGUGGGAUCUUUUACACCUUGAAAAUCGCGUGAGAAUGCUACAACGUCGAAUAGAAAGAAGAGUCUGGAGUGAUACUAAUGAUCCAUUCGAGUUACACGAUAAUGUUUUCAUUAAUUUAUUUCGCUUGCCACUUGACACUGUGUUGGAAUUAGCAGAGAUCUUAAGACUAAGGUUACAACGUUACAGCCAUAUGGAAUUUCAGUACAGCAUCAACGAAGGAUCGACAAGCUGCAAGAGAAAAGUUCCGCACAGCACAACAUCCGUUUAUAGGUGCUAUCGGUGCAAUAGAUUGCACUUAUGUAUCGAUUCUGGCACCGCAACUUCACGAAGAAGCCUACAUCAAUCACUGGGGUGAUCACUGUCUCAAUGUUCAAGCGGUAUAUAUAAAUAAAUAAUUUGUGACCCUGAUUUAAAAAUUCUAAACAUUAAUGCUCGAUAUCCUGGGAC